AUGAAGCAAAGCUUUGAAGAUAAUCUUGUAUGCCGCCACAUUACUGAAGGUGUUAUUCAGCUGGAGAAGAUCCCUGCUGGAAUUUUGGGGGUCACUUAUGGUGCAGUGACCUAUGAGGAUGUGCAUGUGAGCUUCACUAGGGAAGAGUGGAAUUUGCUGGAUCCUUCCCAGAAGAGUCUCUACAAAGAUGUGAUGGUAGAAACCUACAGGAACCUCACUGCUAUAGGAUACAAAUGGGAAGACAAGAAUAUUGAAGAAUAUCAUCAACCUUCCACAAGACAUGGAAGGUAA